AUGAGCAGCUACGAGACUGAACAUGCCUCUGAUCCACCAAACGGCAACCAAAGCCAGCCACGCAGACCCGAUCUCUCCACUUUCUUGAGUCUCCUUUCCGAAGUCACGCCUGAUCUUCCUGAAGAACGGGCUCGUGAAGGGGCUGUCCCCGUUCCGGCCGAUGUCUCCGCCGUCUUUCGCUCGCUUGCAGAGGCAUUCGAAGUAAUGCGUCGGAUUAAUGACAAUGCCGACUCCAACUUGCUCGAGAGCAUGAUCCAGAACUUGAUGGACACUGCCGAACGGCCUCCGCGGGAAGUCAAGGGUGUGGACGAGGAAUAUAUUGCUGCAUUGGACCGGGUUCACAUCAAGAAAGUCAAAAAAGAUGCCGACUGCCCUAUCUGCGGUACUGCGUUCGUCGAAGACCCUCACCCGCUCUUGGUGCGACUCCCUUGCCAUCAGAAUCACAUCUUUGAUCUUGAGUGCAUCCGACCGUGGCUUCUGGUGAAUGGGACAUGUCCUUUGGACAGGGUUGACCUAGCGCAAAGAGAGAGGGACCGGAAAAAGAAACGGCUGGAGGAGAUCAAGAAGAAUGCCGCUCCCGAGGACGAGGAAGAGGAGUGGGACGGGCUCUAUGGCUGA